AUGCACCGCGACUAUCCUUCGUUGCCUCCCAUAUCCCAAGUUGCUUUGCGCACCUUUGUUCUCCGCAGGCUAGACUGUCCCUUUCAACAACGGGUGAGGCGUCCUACAGAGGUGCCUCCGAAGGUCCAGCCUUCUGAGGCUGCUCUCCUCCUUCUUUCCUCCAUUCCCCUCCCUCCGGUCCAUCCAUCCAUUCGUCUCUCCUCUCCACUCACACACAAACCCCAUUUUCGCAUCGCCUCCUCCGGCACCAUGACUAACGAUUCUCCGGAGGAGGAGAGCCGAGGAAGGAGAAUAACCCGGCCGAGCCGAGCGGACGACAAUGUCACCAUCCUGACAUCAUCCAUGGAUGUCUACAGAAGUCGCAGCCGAGCCAGCAGCAGCAACGACGCUGGCGCCAGCUUCACGUCCUCCGCGGAUCUCAGCACCUCCCUGGAACUGAGCAUCCAGACGCGGAUCUUUAAGAUCAUCGUUAUCGGGGACUCCAACGUGGGGAAGACGUGUCUCACCUUCCGCUUCACCGGGGGGAGCUUUCUCGACAAGACAGAGGCUACCAUCGGCGUGGACUUCAGGGAGAAGGCGGUGGAGAUUGAAGGAGAGACGAUCAAGGUACAAGUAUGGGACACGGCAGGCCAGGAGCGAUUUCGAAAAUCUAUGGUGGAACACUACUACCGGAAUGUCCAUGCAGUAGUAUUUGUUUAUGAUGUCACCAAAAUGGCUUCCUUCCGCAACCUGCAAACAUGGAUAGAGGAGUGUAAUGGUCAUAGAGUAUCUGCAUCAGUACCUAGAGUCCUAGUGGGGAACAAGUGUGACCUAGUGGAACAAAUACAGGUGCCCUCCAACACGGCAUUGAAGUUUGCAGAUUCCCACAACAUGCUACUGUUUGAGACAUCUGCAAAGGACCCAAGGGAGAGUCAGAAUGUGGACUCAAUCUUCAUGUCACUGGCCUGCCGCCUUAAGGCCCAAAAGUCUCUACUCUACAGAGAUGUAGAGAGAGAGGACGGGAGAGUGCGGCUCACGCAAGAGACUGAGACAAAGAGUAACUGUCUUUGUUGAAGGAAAAAGGGAAUUGGUAGGAGGGAUGCAAGAGAAUACUGUACAGAAUAAUAGACGGCUCAGAAGAUCAUCGGCCGCCCUCUCCCCUCUCUGACGGACAUCUACACCUCCCGCUGCCUCAACAGAGCCAGUGCCAUCAUCAAAGACAGCACCCACCCUGGCUCUGACCUGUUCCACCUGCUGCCCUCUGGGAAGCGCUACAGGUGCAUUAAAACCAAAAAAACAGGCUAAAGAACAGCUUCUUCCCCAGGGCCAUAACCAUCCUGAACGGACUGCCCCAUUGUCCCUCAUAACUGCCUUCUCUUCGGUGCAAUAACCCAUUCCACCAACCACCCUGUUUUUGUUUUGUUUUUUCAUGUAUAUAUUCAUUUCACACCAUAUUCAUUGCACUUCUACAUUUUUUAAAUUUUUAUAUAUUUGCACAUUGUUUUUCUAGCAUGCACACAUCGCACUGUAUGGAAUGGCCUCAAUCUCGUUACCUUGCGUAAUGACAAUAAAGCUGAUUCUGAUUCUGAUUCUGAAAGAUAUUACAGCUUGUUACUGAGAUUUUAUGACCUAUAUUGAGUAAAACAUGCUUGAAACUAGAAUAUCAACUGUUGCAAAGCUGUGUCAUCAACACUCACAAGUACAAAACUACUUUUUUAAAGUAAUAAUUUCUUAUUUCAAGCAUGUAAAAAAAAAUCAUGACUUUGACACAAUUGUGUCUCAUAUUAAAACAGAUGACAGCCAA